UCCGCCAGAUGCCCUCAGCGUACAGUAAACAACGCCAUCUUCCGCAGGGCCCGUUAUUUUAAGUGCAUAUUACGGUGUUAUUUCUGCAUAAUUUGUUUAUCUGACGUGUUUUCCCUGAUCUACGAGUGUUUGGCCACCUAGGGAGGUGCUGUGGACAGAGGUAAACCAUUGGAAGGGUGUGAAAAUUAGCCAGGAGGAGGCCGUUGCUAAGCAGCUGUCGGCCCACACACCUGCUCCCGUGACAGUGUUCAGGACAUUUAGUGGAUUUAACCUAACUCUAACACUGAAUUCUGUACUGCUUGACAUUCCCGGACGUUCUGUGGUACCUCACGCUGGUGGUGGAGUGGGUAUCUUGGAUGAGUGCCGGGCUGGAGUGGCGGAUCGUGGUGUGUUUGUUGGCGGCGGCGGUCGGCAUGAGUGAGGCGCGGGGAGGGCCGUACUUAAGGUCGAAUUUAGCGCGCGCUAUGUACAACCGAAUGCUCUCUGAUGAACGCCUGCGCAAUAUGAACAUGUCCAAGAUGUACGAGGUGGACGAAUUGGCGUUGACGGACGAGGUGAGAAGGAAGUUUAUGCCUCUCUCCGUGGACGAGGACACGCACCAAUUCCUCAGCAACUGCUUCGAACAGUCUGAGUGGCUGGUGACGCAGGUGUGGCACAGCAUCGCCAAGGCUUUUCUCGGCCUCUUCAUGACGCAGACUUCUAUUAACGGACUGCUGAACCGUGGCCGCAUGUUUGUAUGGUCAGAGGCUCAGGCACGCUUGCUGUUGGGAGCACCGCCUCGCCGCUUCUCCACUGACGCUGAGGACAACACUGACGCUAAGGACAAAGGAGAGGAGCGCCACGAGGGUCACUUGUCCCGUCAAGACGAUGUGGAGGUUGCUGAGGGCGGAGCAGAAAGAGAGUUAUGGGUGGGAGAUAAAUUACUGGAUCUCGGCGCCGGGGAUGGGUACGUCACCCAGGUGCUGGAGCCCGGCGUGCGCCAAGUGUACGCCACGGAGACCUCCAGCGUCAUGAGGAAGCGGCUGAGGGAGAGAGGCUACAGGGUCCUGGACGCCUGGGAAUGGGCUCAAGAAUCAGGAGAAAUAGAGUACGAUGUGGUAACGUGCCUGAAUCUCCUGGACCGCUGCGACACUCCCCGCUCCCUCCUGCGAGAGAUUCACGCUAAGCUUACCCCUAGCGGCACUCUGGUGGUGGCCCUCGUCUUGCCCUUCAACCCUUACGUGGAAACAGGGACAGCAGAUAACCUUCCUUCAGAGGAGCUUGGUAUUGCUGGCUCAACACUGGAGGAGCAAGUCAACUGUCUGGCUACCCAUGUGUUCCCCAGUCUCGGCUACACCCUGACACGCUGGUCUCGUCUCCCCUACCUGUGUGAGGGUGACCUGGACCAGGCCUUCUACUGGCUCUCUGAUGUGGUUCUGGUCUUCAGAAAGACUGGUCUGUAUGACGAGACGGAUGAAGAAGAGGAGUUUUCUGAUGCACUAGAGAAUAUCAAGGUUGAGCUGUGAUGGGUAUAUUUGAUACAAUGUGUACUACUACAAUAAUACUUGUUUCUUUAAUAAAAAAAUCUGAAUUGUAA